AUGGAGGAGGUCACCCGGGAGGAGGCAGCCAUAGCCGUGCGCCUUCUGCAGCGGGGGCGUGCUGCGCGGCAGUGCGAGAUCCUGACUGAGGAGCAGAAGCAGGUGCUGGCUGGGAGGCUGAUCAUUGCUGCGUCACAGGGUCAGACCGGCCAAGUGCGGGCACUCCUGGAUGCGGGGUCGCCAGUCAACGCGACAGACGCCAGUGGCGACACUGCCCUGCAUGAAGCAGUGGUGAAUGGCCACGAAGAAACUGUCAAGUGCCUGAUUGAUGCCGGAGCAGGUGUCAACGUCAGGGACUCGGAUGGGAUGACGCCUCUGCACUGGGCUGCAUGUAGAGGUGGCGAGCAGCACAUUGUACGGAUGCUACUGGCGGCAUCAGCGUGUGUAGAUGUCUAG